UAGUGCUUCAAAGUGUUCAACAUUGAAGAAUCCGCGAAAAGUCCGCUUUUUCCCGCACCACCCCCACUUCACAGCCAAUUUUCCAAAGCUGGCUAACAACGGCAGGGUAACGAUCCGGAUCGGCACCUGGCCCCGUAGCUAGGCUAGGCGUGCUGUGGGUGCGUGGAAAUUGUACAUGUGGGAAAUGUUGGAUUCGGACCUAGAGUGUGGCGGCAACGAGUGCGGAGGACCGGGCCCUCCUCCCGAGUUUCGAAUCCCUCCGCCCCCGCGGCCUCCCUUCCUGGCCGAGCUGGCCAACUGCAACGAAGAUGGACCUGGCUCGGGGCUGAUCGGUGGUCCGGUUGCCGCCCUCAUGGGCCCUGGAGGGGCAUUUCCGACGGCCGCCGACGGUGGAGACAUGUGCGACGCCAUUCCGAUCCUGGAUACCAGCUACCAUAACAGCCCCUCGUUUCAGACCUCGCUGAUGAUUGUGCUGUGCUCGGUGCUGUUGCUGCUGGUCAUCUUCAUCUCCUCGCUGCUGGUGUGGAAACACAAGCGAAAAGUUCAAAACUUCCUGCCAUGCAAGACGCCGACCCGCGGAGGACCCCCGCAUCAUCUGGACGCAACAGGUGUCGUCUCCGGGGCCCACUCCGUGACCUACGAAGAUCCGGACGUCCAUCUCGGGCACCAUCCGCUGGUGAUGCGACAUCACCAUCAUCAUCACCAUCACAACAUGGAGCUGCACCAUCCGAAGCAGAUCCAUUACCCGAGCGGUUAUCCGAUGCCCCGGUCACCGCCGCUGUUCAUUUGCUCCUCGCCAGGGCCGGAUCCGUACCGGUCCCACGACAACGUGUACGAAGAGCUGGAACAUCCGAGGGACACCGAUUCGGAGCCGCCGGUCCAGUCCGAUGACGAUUUCGCCGAGGAUGAGCUGAGUCUGCCCGGAGAACGGUCGUUCCAUAAAUCAUCGUCCGAUGGGGGCGUCGGUGUCGGCGCAGGUGGCGGCAGCACGACGGUGGCCACAAUCUACCAUGACCGCAGUGCCGCAAGUAGUAAUGGUACCGGUACCAACAGCGGCAGCAACACGGAUCCUUAUAUGGAGCGGAAUCGAACGGAACGGAAUUCGCUGCUUUCGUCGUCAUCGUCAGGGAAUGACAAUAACCUAAGGCAGGUGGCGGGGGGAGCGGCCGGCAGUUCCAGCAGUUCCGGCAUCACAAAUUCUAGUGGUGGCAACAAUAACAAUAAUAAUAAUACUAAUAGAAACUCCAACUCCAGCUCGGAAUGUGCGAGCAGUGCGAGUGGGAACAAUAAUAGUGGCAACAAUGCUGCUGCCGGAACCAAUAAUAGCGCCGGUGGAAUGUUCCGUUCUAGGAAGCAACAAGCCGCAACGCUCGGAAGUGGGCGAGGAGGUAAUAAGCACUUGACCACCAGCAGCAACAGCACGUGUUCGCCGACGGAGGCCUCCAGUAAUGCGGCAAUGGCCAUGAUGGCGAUGCCGUAUGACGAGCGAGCCAUGAUGACAUUGCCGCCAUCGUACCAAACGGCUGCUGCUGCCGGACCGACAACGGCCGGUUCCAAUCAUUUGAAUAGCCUCAACAACAAUAGUUUUGUGAAUAGCAAUAGUCUGAAUAAUAAUAAUAACAAUAGUACGCGAAGCAAUUACUACAGCACCAUCGAGGACGAUUGCGAUCCGGUCGAAAGGCGGAACCGAAUCAACACGCAACUGUCCGCGUCGGCUGCCUCGAUGAAUGGCGUCGGCACGCCGCCGGGAGUUUCGACUAUCUUCCGGAACGGGCGACCACCGUACAACAACAAUGGCGUCGGCCACCACAACCAUCACAAUCAUCACACUUCCAAUCGAUCCCGGACGAAUCCACGCUCCCUGGAUAGGCGGCGGUACAUCCAAAGCAACAACGUCAACAACAACAACGGCGGUCCGGCAAGCAAUCUGGCCGUUAUAUCCAGCCAGGACCCCUCGCAGUACAUCUAUCACGAGCCGGUCUUUCACGAGGGACUCAUCUACGAUGCCUGCCUAUCCUACAGCGAUCGAAGCAGCGGAAGUGGCAGCGCUGGUCCCGCCUAUCCUUACAUCCUACCCCAGUUCACCACCUUCCGGAACCAUUCGGGUGGCAACGGCGUUGGACCUACUGGCCACCCUCAAGCCAUCUACUCUCGGGACAGUAGUUUCGGCUCGGAUUCCGGCUACAGUCAGCACACGCAGGCAUCCAAUCGAAGCACCGGAUGGUGCCGGCCUCGAUUGUUGACUCCGCAGCAGCAAAAAUCCACACCAACCCAACAACUCCAAGCGUUGCAGCAACACCAGCAGCCCCAAUCCCUCGGCGACGCCCAAACGGCCGGAACGGACUCUUGAGAACAGGCUUCCCCUGGGCCGGUUCCGGCAGUGAUCGCUACCACAACGAAGAAAACCACAGUCAUAUCGCAGCUCGUAUACGGGAAAAUUCUAAUCUAAUGAAGCGCGUCCCCUUCUUUCUUCUACUAAGAAAAACAAAUGUACUUCUACCUUGAGACCGGGACUCAAAUAAAACUUCCCGAAAAACGAACGCGCCCUAUUGCUGCACCUUUUCGCGUAGGCUAAGAGACCAACAAAUGUGAUUUUAAUUUUAGUAAUCGGCCGUCGGCCGCCCCUCUUAUUCUAAUUGAUUAAUUUAAUCCUGUAAAUAGUUCCCCAUCCCCUCCCCCCCAUGAAAAUAUCAUAAGUUUGUAAGAACUACCCCCAAAACCCUCGAUUGUAAGUGUGUGAGAGUGAGAGUCACUUUUGUAAAUUAUCGUCCCCCUCAAUCAAUCCAUCACGCUUUCCGGCGAAAGACUGUUACCUAUUCAUAAGUUCGAGUACCCUUUUUAGAAGAAGAACCUCUCUACCCUAAACUCUGACUAUAAGUUAAAGAAAAAAAAAUCUUUAGAUAAACGAAAUGAAAAGAUUAAACAAAGAUCGAGCUACACAGACACUAGUAGUAGGAGUAUCAAAUUUUGAAAUCAUUAGCUGAGCAGACAAAAAAAAAACAAUUUGAAUACAGUAACAAUUUAGAGGAAUCAGGAUGGUAUUUUACACAAAGAAAAAAUAACCUUUCAAAGGUGAACUAGAAUUUAGGUACUUAGAGCAGCAGCAACUAAAAUCUAAAGAACAAAAAAAAAAGUUACUAAGAGCACAAAUCUGAAUCCUAGAACGAGUGCCGUCUUCGCGAAAAAGUUCCGCCCUCGGCUGCGUCAAAACGCGCCCUUGGGUAGGCAACGGAAAUCACAGAAGCGAAAACCUAGAAAGAAGUUGAGAGUGAUAAAUUAAACAACACCUUUCCCCGUAAAAUCGUAAAUUGUUAAAUAGAAUUCGAUGGAACCUUAUAGAUUCCCACAAAGAACACAGAACGUACUCUAGCGGUUGUAAUUAAAAUUUAGGUGAAAUUUCCCGGACCUCCCAGAAACGCCGAUGUUUCGGAAGGAGUCCGAAUUUGUAUAGCAUGAAAAACGGAAAACAAAAAGAAAACAAAAUCACAACAAACCAAACGGUUGGAGUUAGUCGAAGCGACUUAUUUAUAUUCGUUCCGGUGUUUGAGAUAAUUUGGAUGAAUUUGAUUGCAAGGAAUUGUGGAUUUUUGGAUUUAUUAAGAUUAUUAAGUUAAUUAUCCCAAUGUUUGUUUUUUUUUAAUUAUCCAAAAAUGAAUGAUCCUUAAGAAACUUUGAUUUUCGUACCAUGAUUUGACAUUGUAAGUCAAUUCUUAUCGAUUUUAGACAUUUAUAAUUUAAAUCAUCUUAAACUUUCAUAAAUACUUAGUCGAUAUAAAAGUCGAUUGGAAUGUUUUGGUCCUUCGAACCAGUUACCAAAUAUUUCCGUUUUUUCUCUCAAAUUAAGAGUAAGAUUCAAUUUUUGAACGUUUUAAACAUUUUUAAGACGUCCAUUGAAAGUCAAAGAGAGGCAUAACUUUAAUUGAUAUAUUUUCGUAGCAUUUUUAACCUUACUAAACCAAUUGUCGAAUGAUCGGUUCGAUGAGCACAACCCUUUGCCGAAACAUCAAUUGUGUUUCCAAAAUUUCUACAUACAUACAUUAUCCUUGCUAAUGUUCGGCCCCCUUCUCAAUUUAUUCGCUUUUUUAGACCCGCAUUGGCCAAGGGCUCACCAUCUGCCAAACUUGUUUGACCGAGUCCAUCAUUAUUUUCGUUUGCUAUUUGAUAUUCUAAAAACCAAAUUUCGUCGAUUUUUUCCACAACUCUACUCUUCAGUACCUUCAACGUUUCGGCCCGGUAGCAUGUGUUUUCGCUCCUCUUCCUCUCUUGUCUGGCUGUAGGCGAAAAAACUAUCGACAAACCGAAAUAAAAGCCAAAGGGGGGCGCAAACUGCCGCCACAAGAACGAUCGCAGAAGGGAUCCAGUCAACAGUAAAACAACAACAUCGGAUAGCCAGAACCAGUAAUAAUGACGCCACCAACUACUAAACACAGCAAUUACCGGGAGGCCACGCCCAUUUCGUUUGCCCUGGUCCCCCUGACUGUGUUUAUUGUUGAUGUUUUGUGUUAUUGUGUUCCCGCUUUUGUUGGUCCCAUCAACAUAGAAGUGGUGAAAAAAAAUUGCGCUUCAAUUUUGCUGCUCCCCCCCUUUUUUAAGCCGUAGUGUCUUAUUCGUUCUCAGCCAAGCCAUUGUUAGAUCCACCCGCAUGACUUUGUUCUAGGUUCAGUUCGGCAAAUCUACCAAUUUUUAAAAUGCUACCGGCCAUCUCAUGCCGCCAUUUGUAAAACGUGAUGGCUUGACUUAUGGUGGUAGAUCAUCAUUUAUUGGGAAAACAAUUGAUAAAUAUCAAAGCGAUUUUGAUAAUUUGGAACUGAAAGCGAAAAUGAAAUUUAAACUUUCCAAAUAAUUCUGGGUUGAAAACCGAAAAAUUUUAUUAACAAAUUUGCGAUGUUCUUUUAAAACCCUUAAAAUCUCUUCCGUUUAUUUGUUACUAAUAAAAUAAAUGAUCGAAGUGCUGCAUACAUUGAGGGGUUUUAACGACAUGUAUUUUUAAUAAAUUAAUCGGCUGCAAUUAUGCAAUCCAUAUUUUUAAGAGUUUCUCUUGUACUUCCAAAAAUUGCUGAUAUUCUGAAUUCAGAUUUAGAAUAAAUAUAUUAUUAAUUUCGAUUCAAAAUAAUUCAUUUGGCAAAUUCUUUUGAAUUUUAGUUUCGUUUUUUUAUUCUUCCGUACCUGAUAAUUGUCUUGUGUUAUCGAUUUGGUCCUCAAAAAUUACGAAAAUCACUGUAAAUAUUCCUACGAACUAGCAGAAAACGUCAAUCCCGUUAGCCAAAUCGACAGUCAGUAGUAUAGAUUCGUCAAUUGACAACAAUCAUCUAGCAAUUCCGGACAAUGAUAGUAGCUUACUCUCUACUUCAAUCGCAAUCUCUUAUCAAUCGUACCUGUUCAAAAGUCCCGUUCUGACAACUCCAAUCCCCAUCCUGAAAGAGGCAAAAAUAGGAAAUCACUUCUUUACCCUAAUCUAAUCAAUAAGAACAUCCAGCAGCUCCUACAGAUCGAACUUUUGUCUAGGAAACAAAGCAAAAAUCGCAUGAAUCAACAACACAAACAAACAACUACAACAAUAAUAAUCAAUACCAACCAUAUCAUUAUGAUAACGUAAAAGAAAAUUUUAAAUGAAAGAAAUUAAAACUUUGUAAAGUUCCCGGCUGACGCGUCAGCCGAAAUUGUAAAAAGUAUGUUUAAGGAAGCUAAACUUUGUAAAUAGAAACUCUUUCAGUACAAUAACUAUAACCAAACGGAUUAGUAGGAAUCUAAUAGAAACAAAAAGCCGGAUCGAAACUAAAUCUUGAAGAAAAAUAUUCCAACUUAAGAGAGUAAUCUGAACGAAGCGAAAAAACAAACUAUCACACACAUCUUUCAGAAGCUAGAAUAACAAAUGAGAAAAUAAAAACCUU